UUUGCUGCGUUAUGACACUGCAAUUCCGUAUAUUUCAGAUGACCAGAAGAUAUUGUAAUUAGAUAAAUUUUUUUUUUAACCGAUGCCUGCUCUCUUCAUCCGGCUCACAUUGACGAAGUAAAAUGUCUUGGGCAGCUGAAUUACCUGAGGAACUGCUGUGUCGACCUACUGGACUGGUGGUUUUAACUGGGCUUGAUGUAGUUUAUAAUGCAAUACACAAAGCUGUUUGGGAUGCCUUUGUUAAUAACAGGCGUCAUGAUCGUGUCUCCUUGAAAUUUAAAGUCUUUGAAGGAGAUCAUGAAUAUCCAAAAUGUCGAUCAAAGCAACGAACAUCAUAUGAAUGGUAUAUUCCUAAAGGGAUCUUAAAGAGAUCCUGGAUGAACAAACAUUUGAGUCAUGUUCCUGCUGUGGUGGUCAUCUUUUUUGAUUUGGAUUGGGAUGAACCGAUGUGGAAAGAAAAACAAAUGGAAUGUGCAACUCGUGUUGAAAUUGUGAGAAACAGUCUGCUGGGCCGAGGCACAAAAGUUGACGUCGUUCUUAUUCAGAAAAAUGCACCUCUUCUUCCAGGAGAAGAUGUAAUAGCCACUGAACGAGCUGCAGCUCUGUGCACUGCCUGUGAACUGUCUAUGAAGUCACUGUUUGUCUUACACCACACUGACCAUUUAGUUGGUUAUGUCAUUAGGCUAGAAAAUGCAUUUUAUGAACAAUCACAAAAUUAUUAUCACAAUGAAGCCAGGAAAGUUAAAGCGCAUAAAGAUUUUCUCAACAAAAUAACACAUCAGUUACUAUUUGUCCGACACCAGUUCAAAAUUGCAUUUUUUAAUGAACUUAAACAAGAUUCACACACUGCUUUGAAACAUUAUAAGCAAGCUUAUGGACAAAUUCAAGAACUACGAAUGCAUGAAACCAAUUUACUAGAAAUCAAAACCAUUGCCGGCUUUGUCAAUUACAAAAUUUGCAGGCUAUCAUUUCAACAUAAUGCUCCUCUAGAUGCCAUUGCCCAGUUCCGAAGACACAUUGACUUUUUCAAGAAUCGAAUUGGAGUUUCUGAUUUGUCUUUUGAGCACAAUGCUUGGAUGUCAAAACAAUUUCAAGUAUUUGGUGAUUUAUUUGAUGAAGCUAUAAAACUAGGUUUGACAGCAAUUCAGACACAACACCCAGGUUUCUAUUAUCAGCAUGCUGCCAAUCUGUCUAUUGCCCGUAAAUCGCUCUGCGGUCAACUUUGUAAACCUGUAACUAGUCAACUUAACUGGAAUCCACUUGAAAAUUUGGGCAAUUUAGAUUUUUAUGGUCAAAGACCCUGGAGACAAGGACAUCAAAGUAUUGAUCCUCCUGAUAUUGAGAAAGAAAAGGAAGGUAUUAUGGCUCUUCAAAAUAUGGAAAGAGAUGUAGAUCAUUCGUGGAUUAUCAUUCCUCAGUUAAGUAGUGCCGUGGCUCAGUUCAAAAAAUACAAGUCUCCAAGAAUGAAAAGACAUUUAAUGGUGCAGAUGGGAGAAGAAUAUUUCCAUGCCAAAGACUACAAUAAAGCUUUGAUGAUGUUAAAUAAAGUGAUGUGGGACUACCGUGUUGAAAGAUGGCGACCUCCACUUACACAUCUCUUACAAACAUCAUUGAAAUGUGCUUACCUAACUGCCAAAGUCCAUGACUAUAUUACUGUAUGUCUUGAGCUUACCGGAGAACAUAUCUGCUGCUCUGUUGAAGAGAAAACAAGAAUUUUAAUGAAUUUCAUCCGUGUUAUGUCUAAUGACUCUCCUGAACCAGAACCAGGAUUAGAACCAGGCUGCGUUGAAAAGGCUCGUAAUUUAUGGACUUGUAGUGAUGUCGCUACUGGAAUGUUCAGAGUGGAAAUGCAGAAUAUUGUACCUUUUGUUGAAUGUAAAGGAAGAUUUACAAGUGACAGCUUUUCUGCCGAUUCGGAAGUGAAACUUGAAAUAUAUUUAAGGAUAAAGCAAGUUAGUUGUCCAUUUCCUGUAAGAUUCGCAAGACUAUCAGUUCUUCUGAGCAAUCAAGUAUACAAUCAAUACUGUGUUGUAAAUGAUGGCCAUGGAAUAACUGCUGCAUCUGAAUGUGAAGGAGAAAAUGGAGAUUUGUAUUUGGUUCCUAAUAAAACUAGAAUUUAUCGGUUUUCAUUUCUGCCUAUGAAAGAGGAUGUUGGAAAUCAAUUAGAAUCAGUUUUAAUCUUAUUUUUGUUUUUCUCUUUAUAUUUCUUCUACUUACCAGUGGUAAUUGCCCGAAACGAAUGCGCAACUGAAUGUAUUUGCUUACAAAUAGCUGUUAAAACACCUUCGACUGUUCCCUUAGGCUCAUAUAAGUUACAUUGGAGGCGGAAAACUGAAAAUGAUGAUGGUAUGUUGAGUCCAUAUGUAAGCACAGUCUUUCCACUACCAACUUUGAACAUUGAAUGCAUUCCGAUAUCUGUUGGCCUCCAUUUACCAGCUUUUGGUAGUGUAAAAACUUUGCUCCCUUUGAUUUAUGAAAUCCAUAACAAAACUUCUUUAAUGCAAGAAUUAGAAGCCGUCAUGGAACCUAGUGACAGCUUUAUGUUCUCAGGAAAUAAACAGAUACAUUUUCGUAUCCCUCCUAUUGGUCAGUAUCAGUUGACUUAUAACUUGUUUCCGUUAAUUCCUGGUCAUGUGAGCCUUCCUAAACUUCAUUUAAACCUAAGUCAAGGAGGUGGUGGUACGGCUGCCGGAGACAGUAUGGAUGAAGUACUACAGAAGCUAAUACCUUCUCAUAUAUUUAUUAAGCCCACUGGAAAAGCCCUGAAUGUCUCUGGUUGAGAAAAUUAUCAAGAAAUUUAGAAAAAAUACCAAGAAACAACAACAAAUAAAAAAUAAAAAAAGAAAGAAAAUACAACAAAAAUAUAUCCAUCAUUUGUAACUUUAGAACUAUAAACUUUCACUGGAUUUUCAUUUGUUAAAUAGGUAAAAA